AUGGAUAUGACUAGGCUGGGUGGACUUUGGGGCGGCUCUAAACGAAAGGCGAGCGUGUCCUCAGGUGACGCGCCAGAGGAGUCAGAGACAUCAGUCCUCGACGAGGAACAAGGAUCGAUCAUCAUGAGCUUGAUCUCACAACUCAAGUUUGUGCCCACUCAUCAUGUUACCCAGGCGCUCACGAUGAUUCUUAUCAAUAGAAUUGGCAUGGAUCUCAGCAAAGUCACCUUUCCGACCUUUGUGCUCGAACCCAGGAGCAUGUUAGAGAGGAUUACAGACUUUAUGAGCCACCCAGAGCUUGUAUUUGGCGCUGAUCAAGAGGAGAAGGCAGAGGAACGAUUCAUCAGAGUACUCAUGUACUACCUCUCGGGAUGGCAUGUCAAGCCAAGGGGUGUCAAGAAACCAUACAACCCCGUUCUUGGCGAAUUCUUCCGGUGCAGGUAUGACUACAGCAAUGGCACUCGUGGAUACUACAUCGCUGAGCAAGUCUCCCAUCAUCCGCCCAUCUCGGCUUACUUCUACAUAUCACCACAGAAUGGCCUUCGCAUCUCAGGCGAGCUGAAACCAAAGUCGAGGUUCCUGGGUAACUCGGUGUCUACUGUGAUGGACGGAGAGAACCGAGUAUAUCUGACGAGGAGACCAGAAGAUGGAGAGUACCAUAUCAGUAUGCCGAAUAUGUAUGCACGGGGAAUUCUUUUUGGCUCUAUGAUCCUCGAGCUUGGAGAUACGAGCGUCGCGAUCAACGAUAAUACCGGAAUGUCGUGUAGUGUCGAGUUCAAGACAAAGGGGUAUUUCUCGGGGACGUACAAUGCCAUUGGUGGCAGAGUGAGAAAGGGCUCGACAGAUGUGGGAGAGAUUUCGGGAAAGUGGAGUCACGAGAUGUACUACACAGACCUUGCGUCUGGUCAACGAAGGGAACUGUUCAAUCCAGAGAAAGCCCCUAUCAUGCCAAAGACAUGCCUGCCAGAAGACAAGCAGGAGCCAAACGAAUCUAGAAGACUCUGGUCCAAGUUGACAGAAGCCAUCAAGAAUAAGGAUAUGGAAGGAGCCACCAAUGCCAAGUCUGCCGUGGAGACCGAACAGAGAUCAGCAGCGCAUAAGAGGGAUGAACUAGGGGUCAGUUUCGAGCCACGCUUCUUCAAAUGUCAACCAGACGGGCGGUGGAUCCCAAAAAUACACGUCCCAGAGGAUCCAAAGGAGGCUGAAAAGGUGUAA